AUGCCCCGAUCCUUCGACAAAGCUGUGAUUCUGGUUAUCGAUGCGCUACGAUACGACUUCACGGUGCCACCUACGCCACAGUUAUCCGGGGAAAACGUUCAUCAGCCUUUCCAUAAUGCUCUUACCAUACUACACGAGAAAGCAACGCAAGAACCCCAAAAUGCAGUUCUCUUUCCCUUCAUUGCGGAUCCGCCUACAACAACCUUGCAACGGCUGAAGGGUCUGAUGACAGGAACACUGCCAACAUUUAUCGAGGCUGGGGCUAAUUUUGCCGGUUCCGCAGUUUUAGAGGAUAAUCUCGUGACGCAACUACAUAAAGCAGGAAAAAGGCUGGUGCAUCUCGGGGACGAUACAUGGACAAAGCUGUUUCCGAAUCAUUUCUUACCCAAUCUAUCUCGAGCGUACGAUUCGUUCCUCGUUGCCGACCUCCACACGGUCGACAAGGGUGUGGAGGAACACCUUAUGCCUCUAAUCAACCAUCGUCAAGAUGAAUGGGACGUAAUUUUUGGCCACUUUUUAGGUGUCGAUCACGCUGGUCAUCGAUUCGGCCCCGCACACUCGGAAAUGACCAAUAAACUGAAGGAAAUGGACCGCGUCAUAGGAGAGGUUGUCAACUCUAUCGACGAAAACACGUUGCUUGUCGUGCUGGGUGAUCAUGGAAUGGAUGAACAUGGAAACCAUGGCGGCGAAACCGAGAAUGAGGUACAGGCGGCGUUGUGGAUGUAUACUCGGCGCAAGCAUUUCGGUCAUUUGCUGGUGCAUCCACAGGAGCCGGCCUCGUAUCUUAAAAAGUCUGCCGUUCAUCAAAUAGAUCUUGUUCCGACCUUUUCACUCCUUCUGGGAAUCCCCAUUCCCUUCAAUAGCCUGGGGAUUCCUAUUAAAGAGGCUUUCCUUGGAGCAGCUGGAGACGACUGGGAGCAACUGGUGCGUUCAUACAUUCUAUCGUUUGGACAGAUUGAACGAUUCCACCGAGAAUACUCGAUAAGGAAGGAGAAUACACGGCAUUCCCUAGAGUACAACCACACGAAUUUUCCUCAGAUUGUUCCCUGGCAAAAGCUUGAUUUUCAGGACAAAGAGUCUCUGAAGACCUUAUACCAGCAAUUAUGCGACUACCAAGGGAAGAUACUGGAGAAUUACAAACGCAUAUGGGCCCAGUUCAACAUGGCUCACAUGAUAGAGGGGUUGACAGUCUUGUCAUUUGGAGCUGUCGCACUGCUACUUCGUGUCUACGCUUGGGACCAAUGCAAUUCCAUCCCCAGCGCUUCUUCCAGUACAAUUAAAAUGGCGACUACAACGUCCAUAGCCGCUUAUUUAAUCCAUAUUGCUGUAGCAGAGCCAGAGAAACCGCGCAUGAUGGAUGGGCUGAUUCUGGGAGCUACGAUGAGUAGCCUCAUGCUAUUCACCUGUCGAUUUCAUCUAAUUAGGAUGAUCCAAGCACCCAUGAAACCUCAAAUGCCGGCCUUCUUGGACGCAUUGGCGAUUUUAUUUACUAUUCUGCUAUCUAUCGGAUUUGCGUCCAAUUCAUACACGGUAUGGGAAGAUCAGAUUGUACUAACAUUCCUCGCAACAUUUGGCAUAUGUACCAUUUCCAUGUCAUAUAGGACCUUCGACAGAAAAAAGAGUACGCUAGGGGCUCUUCUCUCCGUAUUAUUUAUGGUCCUGGUCAGGGUGGUCUCACUAAGUCGUUACUGUCGGGAAGAGCAACUUCCAUUUUGCGUGACGACUUACCAUCGCCUGGGUAAUGCCAUAGGCUGGAGAUUGCUCAUUCCGUAUCUGAUAGCCCUACUCAUUCCAAUGGCCACUCAAGUGGCCUUUGGUUCAGAUUUGAUAUCUCAAAACUUGGGGGUCUGGACGUGGUGUCACAUUGGUAUGCCCAUGGCUCUUGUCUUCAAUGCUGUUUAUUGGACCCUCGAUUCUGCCAAUAGAAAUGGUUGGCUUGAAGGUAGACACUUCAACAUCUUGUCUAAGGGGCCUCGCAUUUUCUUUUCGCAGUCCACUUUAGUCAUUGCAAUUGUUGGAAGUGGAAUGGCUCUCACUUCAAAAUGGACUACGGUCAUGACUCCUGUCCAAUAUAAUAUGAUCAUCACUACAUCCGUCUUGGUGAUCAGCAUUUUGGUGAGUGGUCCGAUGGGAGGUGGUUCCUUGUCCAUACUAUAUUUCCAGAUCCUGAGCCUACGCAAACUCCUCAAUCAGACUCGCAACUAUGCUAUCGGACCUUCAAUUGUUGCGCUUUUAGGGACCCUCCACUUCUUCAGCACUGGCCAUAAUGCAACCCUCUCCAGCAUCCAAUGGGAAGCUGCUUAUAUCCCAUCCCAGGACCUUCACUACCCUUGGUCCCCGUUGUUUGUGGCCCUAAACACCUUUGCUGGCCCAAUUGUAGCUGCAUUUUCGAUUCCGCUGAUCAUGGCACGAGAUGGACAGCCCCAGGGAAUUCAUCGUGUAGCCAAGUCACUCGAAAUCCAUGUUUUGGUCUACUCGGUAUGGGCAUUGUCAGCGGCAGUAUGGGGGACUAUCCUACGACGCCACCUAAUGCUCUUUGCUAUAUUCUGCCCUCGAUUCUUGAUGGCUGGUGCCUUACUGCUGGUCAUCGAUGUUAUCGCGAUAAUAAUUUCAUUGAUCACUGCUAUGAAUACUAAAUGA